AUGCUUCCAGCAGCAGGGCUCCCUCCUCUUCCUCCUCCACCAGCUGUGAUCCUUCGGAGCCGGGCAUUACACCUGUAAGACCGCGCAUCACACCGGCCUGGGUGCCCUGGUCCUCCACCCACUCUAUUCCCUCCUCAUUCAGGGAGUGCAUCCGAACAGGACUUCAAGCCCUAAGGAGGGGCUCUUUUUUCUUUUUUCAUCAUCUCUCUGGAAACCGGUAGGACCACCGGUAGCCCACCCCCCUUUUCAUCUGAUGCGUUUAUGUGGCAGGAGCCGCCCCCGAACUGUUACCUGAAAACCCGCUGGUGCCGUCCCUCCCCGCGAUAUCGUCGGCACGAGCCCUCCACCUUCAGAAGCCCCGGAGGCGCAGCAGCAGCAGCAGCGGGAGUGAGAGCGCCGCCAGGCCUCAGGCGCUGCGCUCCCUCCCCGGGCCGGGGCCGGGCCCCAGCAGAGGCGGCAUGGAGGUGGGAAUGCGCGUGGUGCGCGGCCUGGACUGGAAAUGGGGCAACCAGGACGACGGCGAGGGCCACGGGGGCACUGUGGUGGAGAUCGGGCGGCAGGGCAGCACCACGACGCCGGACAAGACGGUGGUGGUGCAGUGGGACAGCGGGACGCGGACCAACUACCGCACCGGCUACCAGGGGUCCUUUGACCUGCUGCUUUAUGAUAACGCCCAAAUCGGUGUGCGUCACUCCAACAUCAUCUGUGACAGCUGCAAGAAGCACGGCAUCAUGGGAAUGCGAUGGAAGUGCAAGGUGUGCUUUGACUAUGACCUGUGCACCCAGUGUUACAUGAACAACAAGCACGACCUUGGACACGCUUUCGAGCGCUACGAGACGGCGCACUCCCAGCCGGUGUGCUUGGCACCGAGGCAGAACCUCCCGCGGAUCAUCCUCAAAGGAAUCUUCCAGGGGGUUAAAGUGGUUCGUGGACCCGACUGGGAUUGGGGCAACCAAGACGGCGGGGAGGGUAAGGUUGGGAAGGUAGUGGACAUUCGGGGCUGGGACACAGAGUCCGGUCGCAGCGUGGCCAGCGUCACCUGGUCCAACGGCACCACCAAUGUCUACCGAAUGGGCCACAAAGGCAAGGUCGACCUCAAAUACGUGUCCGACGGCCAAGGAGGCUUCUACUACAAAGACCACCUACCGAAGCUCGGAGAGCAUGCCGAGCUGCAGCGCCAGGAGAGUGCUGACGGCCACUCGUUCCAGCAGGGCGACAAGGUCAAAUGUCUCCUGGAGGUGGAGAUCCUGCGACAGAUGCAGGAGGGCCACGGAGGGUGGAACCCCAAAAUGGCUGAGUACAUUUGCCGGAUCGGGACAGUACAUAGAAUCACUGACCGGGGAGAUGUCAGAGUCCAGUACAGCAACAACAUCCGCUGGACUUUCCAUCCUGGGGCCCUCACCAAGGUGAACACUUUUGGAGUUGGCGAACUAGUCAGAGUAUUGGAGGACAUCGAGAGUGUGAAGAGACUGCAGGCUGGCCAUGGAGAGUGGACAGACAGCAUGGCUCCUGUGCUUGGCCAGGCCGGGAAGGUGUUGAAAGUAUAUGCGGACGGUGACCUGCGGGUGGCGUUCGGAGGACAGACGUGGACGUUCAACCCAGCGUGCCUCUCGGCUCAGACCGUGGAGGUGGACGCCAACCUCAUGACAGCCGAGAACCCCAACGAAUCUGGAAGUACUGUCAUCUCCGUGUUGGAGAAGCUGCUGUCUCAGUCCACAGAGCAGGACAAUCCCAGCCGGCUGGUCAUUGAGGCCGCACACGGCAGUGCCAACAAAGUGCGAGAGUUGGUGCUGAAGUAUCCCGACAAGGUGGAUAUUAAAAACCAGGGCAAAACGGCCCUGCAGGUUGCUGCCCACCAAGGCCACAUGGAGGUGGUGAAGGCCCUGCUGCAGGCCAACAGCUCCAUCGAGGUCAAGGACGAAGAUGGAGACACAGCAUUGCACUACACUGCUUUCGGUAAUCAGGCAGAGAUCACAAGGCUGUUGCUGAGCAGGGGUGCAAAUGUCAACCUCCUUAACAACUCCAUGUGCACGGCGCUCCACAUCGCCGUCAACAAGGGGUUCACCGACGUGGUGCGAGUGCUGACUGAACAUUCAGCUGACGUCAAUCUCCAGGAUUCAUAUGGGGACACACCGCUCCAUGACGCAAUUGCUAAAGAUUUCCGAAAUAUCAUCGAGAUCUUGGUCUUGGUGCCCAACAUUGACUUCACACAGCAGAACCACAGAGGCUUCAACCUGCUGCACCAUGCUGCCCUCAAAGGAAACAAACUGGCCACAGAGAAGAUCCUGGCCCGAGCGCGGCAGCUAGCGGACGUGAAGAAGGAGGACGGCUUCUCUGCGCUGCACCUGGCCUCCCUCAACAACCACCGGGACGUCGCCGAGAUCCUCGUCAAGGAGGGACGCUGCGACAUCAACAUCCGCAACAACCGGAACCAGACGCCGCUGCAGCUGGCGGUCACGCAGGGCCACACCGACCUGGUGCAGCUGCUGGUGUCCGAGGGCGCCGACGUCAACAUGGAGGACGAGGACGGUGAUACGGCCAUGCACGUGGCCCUCCUCCGCCCGCAGCUGGCCAACGUCAUGCUCAGCCCGGCCACGGCAACCAGCAGCACCCCCGAGGAGAGCAGCGAAGGUUGCUCCUCCACAUCGCUCUACUGCAGGCUCAGCGCUUCGGGUCUUCUGGGGAGCUCGGAGCUGAGCGUCGGCUCGGCCAUCGCUUGUUUUCUCGCGCAGGAAGGGGCUGACGUCAGCUACGCCAACCACAAGGGAAAGAGCCCCCUGGACCUGGUAGCGGACAGCGCCAUGCUGCAGCUCAUCAAGAGCUUCUCUGAGAAACACAGGUUGCAGCGUCUACAGGCCAUCACAUGCGGGCAGGGCCUGAGCAGCGCCAGCCUGCGGCGUGUCCACACCACCCCAAACACCAUGACCAACCUGGUUCUUCCCAUGCCGCCGGGGCCCAGCGAAUGCCUCAUCUGCUCCGAGCUGGCGCUGCUGGUUCUCUUCAGCCCCUGCCAGCACAGCGUGGCCUGCGAAGAGUGUGCCCAUCGAAUGAAGAAAUGCAUCAAAUGCCAAGUCACAAUCACCAAGAAAAUCAGACAAGUUCCUCAUUGCUUUGACAUCAUCCAUGUUGACGCCCCCCCCACCACCCCUUCCACAGACCAAACCGAGGUGGACUGCAGCCCCGGCACAGAGAACUCGGAGCAGCACAACCUGCUGGAGCAGCUGCAGUCUCGCUACCGGCAGAUGGAGGAGCGCAUCACCUGCCCCAUCUGCAUCGACAACCACAUCAAGCUGGUCUUCCAGUGCGGACACGCCUCCUGCAUCGACUGCAGCGCCGCGCUCAAGACCUGCCCCAUCUGCCGGCAGACCAUCCGCGAGCGCAUCCAGCUGUUCGUCUGAGCUUUUCUGUCCUGAAGUUUGACCUGCACCUGCUAAUCCCCACGCCCCUCCCCAUCAACCCCGCUCGCUCAGCCCGCAGGCCGCUUCGCCGCCGAGAGGCAGUUACGGGAACGCGGCAGAGAACUUUGACUUCAAUUUUUUUUCCCCCGACGGGAAGCUGGCCGCGGAAGCGCUGGGAGGCGACGCUUUAAAUACUCUUGUACGUAAGCCGGGACAAGAAGGCCCCACCCCCCACCCCCCCCACCUAUUCUCUUUCCCCGGCCCCUCGCUCAGCCUGCGCCUCUUGUUCAUCUUUCCCACCUUUGCUGCUUUAGGUGGAGUUCUGUUACCCAUCAUCCUCUCUGGCUGUCUGGCCUCCUCCGUUUACAAGGCUGCGCAGAAUCAGCCCGUCUUCUCGCCCUCCAGCCUGUCCUGUGAAUUAUGUUGGCUCUCAUUUGUACCAAUCUCUUAAUAAUCAGUGUUAGUCUCUGCAGAGGGAGUUGGUAUAACUAAAAGCUCUCUAUAUAGUCCCCGACCACUCGCCUGUAUGCAAGGGGAAAAACACACUAUAUAAGCAUGAAUAUAUGCAUAUUGUAAAGCUGAAAAUGACGUUAUGAUGUUAUCAUGGGUGAUUUGUCGUUGUUGUUUUAUUUCUUUGUGGUUUUAAAUGUAGCGAUCAGUACAGGUUUUUAUUUAUGUGUGAACGGUGGUAUUACUUGGUAAUGUCCUUUGUUUUCAGUUGAUGUUCGCUUGGCAAAAAUGUUUUUGUUUCUACUGAACUUCACCCCAAGCUUAUGUCCUUUACUCAGGGUAUCGAAUCAUUGAAAGCACUUGUGAUAUCCAUAGCAGGCUACAGAGACACAUACCACUACAGAGACAACCUGUCUAUCAGGUCAUUUUGUGUAGAGGGGUUACAGAAAGAAAGGUAUGCAGUAGUGACUCCAAAUUCACUUUAUCAAUCCUCAAUGUUUCCCUGUCAUGAGUAAAAAGAAUGUUUGAAGAAGCAACAAAACUGACAUUUUCCUCCCAAAAAUGUCAAACCAUGUCCUUGAAGCAUCCCAGUCGUGUGUGUGUGUGUGUGUGUGUGUGUGUGUGUGUGUGUGUGUGUGUGUGUGUGUGUGUGUGUGUGUGUGUGUGUGUGUGUGUGUGUGUGUGUGUGUGUGUGUGUGUGUGUGUGUGUGUGUGUGUGUGUGUGUGUGUGUGUGUGUGUGUGUGUGUGUGUGUGUGUGUGUGUGUGUGAGAGAGAGAGCAAGAGACCAGCGAAAACUCAUGUUUUCUUCUUUAUUUGCUGGAUAAGUUUUAAGACAUAGAAUAUCAGAAGAGGCAAAACGUGAAAUGGGGUAAUUUCAAAAGACGCCCCCUUCUCUUCUGGAUUGUAUAUCAUCUUCAUCCUUUCUAACGUGCUGGUUUGAUUUCUUGAAGGGCUUAUGCGUAUGAAAAAAAAAAUCUAUUUGAAUUGUUAUUUAAUUGUUAUUUUCUAUAAUAAGCUUCCAGAGACAGGCGUUUUCUUUUCGUCGUCAUUAGAUCCCAAAUCUUGGGAGAGCCAAUGUUUAAGAUGUACAUUUGAAUGUCGGGGAAGAAAAAUGUAUCAGUUCUCACUCUGCCUUUUUUUUUAUGUGUAAAGAAAAAAGACAUAAGAGAAGCAGCCGCGGGGACUGAGCGGUGUCUACCACGAGUUUUAAUUUGAGGAAAGUACUUCUACAUCUGUGCCAAAUUGCAUGAGGAUGCGCAUGGGCAUGCACGCCCAAAUUUAUCUAGACUCAUUAUGCUAAAGCCCUCCGAGCCCAAGUGAGGCCUCAACUAUUCCAGCGGUGUGAAGAAAACCAAAAGCAAACACUGAUAUUUUGUUUAGUUGGAAAUAAUAAGUGUUAUCUCAGCACACUGUUUAACAGACUCAUGUCUCCAAUGAAAAGUGACGCAACGCAAUCACUUCCAAAUUACUAUCCCAUAUUGUUUGGAGCUUUUUACAAGUAUAUAUAUAUAUUUAUAUUUUGUGAGACAUUAAUCAAGGGACACGUUUUAAGAGGUGUCCAUUGGUGUCCUAAGUCGAUGGGACUCGAGGCAAAGGCAAUAAUGUUUUGGAAAAAAAGGGGGUGGUGUUUGCAUUCUUUUACUCCCCUGAAGGUCUCUGUGAGGGCGGGAAACACAUUAAUGUAUAAAAACACAAAGCAGCAAAUGUUACUAAUUGGUGUUUGUACAGUUCAGCUCUCGGAGUUCUAAUGUUGGCCUUACUGUCCAUUCCUCCUCUGUUGAUGUUUUUUCAGUUGUAUUCUGUACAAAAAUAUUUUGCAAUAAAUAUGGAACUGUUUUCUAAGGACGAGG